AUGGAAACUCUUACACAGCUUGCCAACCAAUUCUACGUAAGAGAACUAGUUGGGAUUCUUCUCUUUGCCUCUACUACAUCAUGGGUAAUCAAUACCCUCCUGAGGAUAUUCGGUGCGCGUUCUAUAAAGCGACCACGCACGCCUGAUUUGGAGAAACCAAGUAUACAGGCACAAAGGACGAAGCAAAUUGACAGAAAACAAGGAGAAUGGAUACCGCAAGACUUCAAGCGGCCCGACCCCGUGGCGUACCCUAAUUGGGAUGUGCAUACGUCUCAGCCGAAGCCAUAUCGGCCUUUUAGAUAUGGCCCGAAAUAUUUCAUUACCAUGGGAUUGAGAUCCAUGAAGUGGGAUGAAUGGAUUGAGUUGGAUAAUCACUAUCCAAGAUACCACGCCGACAAGGCCCGCCGUAUCAAAGAACGAGAGAAAAAGUGCGUCAUGGUCGCUCCUGAAGCGAUGGACGGAGUGAUCGAACUGCUAGAAGAGCUCUGCUCCUAUCUCCCCAUGCGCUACCCAUCCCUCUUCCGCAAAACCCCCGUGGGCAUCGACAACCUCCUCACCGGAGAAUCUUUCAACAUCACGCAGCGUCCGUUCGCCGAGAACCCCAUGACCACAUGCGCCCGCCUCAUCCAGGACGAUCUAGCGCUCAUGUUCGAAAAGCCCGACGGCCAAUACUACCUCCUCGCGGGCGCCAUCCUCCUCGCAGGAUUCUGGCGCAUCGAAGAUAAAUUCGGCAUGCGGCUCUCCGAAAUCCACACCUCAGGCGACGUCCCCGGGUAUCAAACCAAGCUUGAGAAGGGCAUGAUGAAUUUCUUCCGGCGUAUCAAGCCCUCGGAUCCGGUCUUGCGGAAUAACUACUUCAUCCAGGUCGACGAGGACCUGGCGUGGUCGUAUAGCAUCGGGCCCGAGGAUAGUAAGUCGGUUAGCUGGAACACGGCGGCCAAGAAUAAGGCCAUCCAGCAUCAUUACUUCCGCUCGGAGCGACAAUCGCUGCGCCGCUUGCCGCGUUCUGGAGCCGUCGUGUUCACGAUCCGGACAUACUUUGAGCCGAUUACAGAAAUCGUCAAGGAGCCGUAUGUGCCCGGGCGACUGGCGUCGGCGAUUCGUAGCUGGGGGGACGAUGUGUCGCGCUACAAGGGGAGAGAGAAGUACGGAGAAGUGCUGCUAGACUAUCUAGAUAAAAAACAUGAGGAGCAGCUUGCUGCGGGGUUAGACUUGGAGAAAGAGGAUGAGAUUCGGAGUUAUCCGUAUUAGGCUAUGUCCGGCAGCGGGCUUCCCCGUCUCUGAAGUCUCUCUUUUUUUGCUCCCAUUUUUUCUUGGCUGUCUUUUUUUCCAGGUGGGAGCUAUAUGUAAAUAGGCAAUUGGUCAUAGUAAAUUUCACGAAUACCCAUUAACUG